AUGAGAGCCUCAUUCAGCCCCAUCCUCGCUCUCAGUAGCCUUCUUACCAGCUCUCUCGCAUUCCCAGCUGUGCUCAAUGACCGUCAAGUGGCUCUCUGCUCUACUGGCACCCCGGUUUGCUGCGACGUCGACGUCCUCGGUGUUGCAGACCUCGACUGUAUCACUCCUCCUGGUACUCCAGCCAACGUCACCGAUUUCAACGACCUCUGCGCUGGCGUAGGCAAGAUUGAUAGGUGCUGCAUUCUCCCAAUUGUGAGCUUUCCUCGCCCCGGAGCUAGGGUACCUUACUCACACUUCACAGCUGGACCAAGGAAUUCUCUGCAGCGAGCCUACUGGCUUCUAAACGAUUCGGCACUUCAGUUUCUCUGGCAUUCAUGUGGUCUUGCUAUUGCUGUACAUUAA